GGAGAAAUCCAACAAUUGUUGAUCGUAGCCGACCCCAGAGCUGCAGAGACCUACUGUCAAGACUACAUUCCCGACUGCCACGCCCCUUUACCCUACGACAGCCUAUCACAAGAGACUGAGGAGGAGACAAAGCCCGUCAGGAGAGUGAAGGUGGAGGAGUUUGAUGAGUUUGACUACAGUGACCUUUACGACGACCUCUCUGUCUCCACGGUUACCGUGAGACCCAACAUCACAGAGUAUGAGAUUGUAGAGUACGAAGACUACGACAACGAAACAGAUGAGUACGAGGUCAGAGAGUAUGAAUACGAGGAGGAAUUUGAAGAUCGAUACGGAUUGGCCGAGAGGGAGAGGGCGGAGUCCUGGAACGGACAGGAAAGAAUAGAGAAAGGAGAGAAAGGAGAACAAUCCUACUUUGGAGCAAGCACCUUAAUCACAGGCCCCGGGGGUCUUCCAGGACCAGAGGGAGAACAAGGACCCCAGGGGCCCACAGGACUGGUAGGACCUCAAGGAGACCUAGGAGAACUGGGUCCUCCAGGCCGGCCAGGUCUCAACGGGGCUGAUGGGAUACCAGGUCCUCCAGGGAACAUCCUCGUUGUUCAGUUCCAGGCAGGUGGUGUCCAACUAACAGGACCAGUGAUAUCAGCCCAGGAGGCUCAAGCCCAGGCCAUCCUACAACAGACCAAGUUGUCUAUGAAGGGACCACCUGGACCACUAGGCCUUAUGGGACGUCCUGGACCGCUGGGUAACUCGGGUCCGUCGGGGCUGAAGGGAGUAGCCGGGGAGAUGGGACCAGCGGGUUCUAGAGGUAUUAUGGGCCAAGCAGGGAUGAAUGGAAAGUCAGGGAAGAGGGGUCGAGCUGGGACGGAUGGGAACAGAGGUGCUCCGGGUGAGACCGGUGGGAAGGUGAGAGAGGAUAGAACCUACUCUGAUUGGCUUACUGUAUCUUAUUCUCUAUGCUGACUGUACAGUAUGUAG